AUGCCAUCAGAGUGUAUUUUCGAAUUCGAUCGACCGCAACCGUUUACUAUGGGAGGAAAUAAUAUUGGACGCAUUAAUUUGCACACAGCAGAGACCGUUAGAGAGGUCUACAUACUCUUUGUCGGCGAGGCAAAGGUGCGCUGGGAAGAGAGCCGUACACGCUCUAGGGAUGGCAAAACUGAGCACUAUAAUGAAUAUUAUCGCGCUAACGAAACCUAUCUACACUCGAAAACAUGUGUACAUGGCGAGGGUACACUACAACCCGGCACAUAUACUUACACAUUUUGCAUACCAUUACCGCUGGAGUGUCCAACAUCGUGUGUGGAGAAAUAUGGAAAAAUUGCAUACGAACUCUCGCUAGUGGUGAAUCGACCAUAUCGGUUCGAUAAUGUGUUCAAAAAACCGCUAACUGUUUUAUAUCAGGUGAAUUUGAACAUGCAACCGGAGUUAUUGAUACCGAUUAAAAGUGAGGAUAUCAAAUACUUUUGCUGCUGGCCGUGCUCUUCCGGGCCAGUGAUGUCCACGCUUACCAUACCAUUUGGCGGUUAUGCGCCUGGUCAGAAAAUUAAAUAUCAACUCGAAAUAGACAAUCAAUCGACCGGCUAUGAUUUAGAUGAUGGCAUUGAAUUAAAACUCACACAGAUUUACAGUUUUGAAGCACAUACGCCGCAUAGAAAGACGCGCUAUCACAGCAAUACAUUGGCACGCACCGCUCAGGGUAUGCAAUGCUUGAGACUGUCUAAGCGCUUAAUUGAUGGUACACUCCUAAUACCGCCUGUGCCACCUACUUCGAAUAGAAAUUAUAUAAUUGGUGUACGUUAUGAGAUUAAAAUGUCCAUAAAUACCGGCUGCUGUCACACAGACUCCGAAAUAGUUAUACCCAUAACAAUUGGGACAGUGCCUUUGGCGCAGAGUGCUACAAAUCCACAGAAUGCAAUCGGUUUGUUGCCGACGGCGCCAGGAGUUCCCAAUACACCGGACACACCGCCCGGCAGUGAUACGCCACCGAAUUAUGAAAAAUUCAAGCCACCCUCCUUCGAUGAGGCCACCACCAUUGGUGGAAAGUUUAUCGAUCGCGAUGUCAAUGAGCGAAAUCGCACCGAUGAAUUCAUACCUAGAUAUCCAAUGUACACGAAUUUCGCCGUGCCCACAGCGCCGUCUGCCGUAGGAAGUGAUGAGGUCGAUGCACUAUUGCUGACAUUGCCUGCUACGGGUUCAACGAAUACUGCACCACCACCUUAUCAGCUAGGAGAUCGGGAGUCCGCCCAUUCAGCGACACGCGCCGCUACUGGCUAUGGUUGGAAUAGUUAGAAGUGGCGAAGACGCAUUGCGAUUUGUUAAAAAAUUAUUUAUAAGCAAAAAUCAGUGAUUUGAUUACCAAUGAAAAUUUUAUUACAGUGAAGAUCGCUUAAUUGGUGCAGAUUUCCUGUCACAAGCCAUAAAUAACUUUUUGCGUGGUGACUACUUAUAGUUUCUCUUUGAUAAAUUCUUUCUGUAAAUUAAUUUGCUUAAGAAAUUAAUAAAAUAUGUUAGCUUCGAUUAAAUACAAGCAAA